AUGUGUACGGCGGGACGGUGUUUGCGGUCGGGAUCAGCUGCUUUUUUCCUCUCCAAGCCGGUGGACAGUAGAGUGCGCUUGGCCUCAGCUCGGCUCCUGUGCUCGGCGAGUUCAGACAUUCAGAAAGACCUUGGCGAAAUGGUGAAGAAGGACAAAGUUGUUGUGUUCAUGAAGGGUACUCCUGCACAGCCCAUGUGUGGCUUUAGCAAUGCGGUGGUACAAAUUCUACGAAUGCACGGCGUGGAUCACUACGGAGCCUACAAUGUUUUGGAGGAUCAGGAUCUCAGACAGGGCGUAAAGGACUUUUCCAACUGGCCCACGAUCCCUCAGGUCUACUUCAACGGCGAGUUUGUGGGAGGCUGCGACAUCCUGCUUCAAAUGCACCAGAACGGAGACUUAGUGGAAGAACUAAAGAAGUUAGGCAUUACCUCUGCUUUACUGGAAGCAGAAAAAGAGUCAAAGUAA